CACACAACAGCAGCUUAAUGUUCCCUCAAAAUGCCGCGGGUGCAUAUUUUCUUUUAUUGCUGGUUUUUGUUCAGCCACAUUUAUAUAACUUGGUCUACUAGCUGUAAAACCCCAUCUAGGAGAGUAACAAGCUACCGGGUCAGAGAGUGCAGACGUUGGUUCUUGGGUUGGUGUACCUACUAUGGCCAUGUGUGGCGAUACCGGGAGACCUACACAGAGACUUGUUGUCCUGGCUAUAGUGGGAGUCACUGUCAACCUAUUUGUAUCGGGGAUUGUCAUGGGCGAGGUACCUGUGUAAGACCAGACACAUGCUACUGUAGACACGGGUAUACCGGAAAUGCCUGCCAAACGGUUGCAGAGUUGAGCCCAAUUAUCAUACAAUAUACGUCCACUCUCGCAUAUUAUGAAAGAUCUGGACAGAGGAGGGAAUUAUACAGAUCUGUUAUAGAUUCUUCUGAACCAAACUCUACGAAGGUAGACACAAUGUGGGUAAACCAUAAUGAUUACAACUAUAUCAACGUCACAUUUGCCGCCGUCUCAACAACACCGGACAGCCUAAACCUUUCAAGAUAUAUAAAACAGUUUAAGGUGGGAAUCAUGUCUGGAGGAAUUAAUAUUAUUCUUCACAAAAUGGGCAGAACAGAAAAGAAACCCUUUGUGAGUGGAAAUAAAACCAAGCUCUGUGAGAGUCAGCCUAGUUCUCUGAAUCCAAACGAUGAUGUGUUUUACUGUAACUACACAGAUGACAACUUUGACAUGCAGCUGGAGCAUGGAGACAAUUUAACUCUGACAGCUUUUACUGAAAUCUGGGGUAUUAUUGAAAAAGACUUAUUUAUCGACGACAUGUCUACAAAAUCUACAAUGUUUCGCGUUGAUUUGGUGAAGCCACAUCAAUGUCUCUUAGGCGGACCAUGUGAGGCAAAAGCACUGGAUGUUGUAAAGGAUAUCACCAAGUCUCCAAUAGAAUUGUCAUGGAACAACUGGGAAGAUGGGCUUUCUGGAAUCGAAGAAUAUAAAAUACAGGUUUUUCUGCUGAAGCUGAACAUAACAAUCUUGGCGGAAACAAAUCCAUGGCGCCCAGACGAGGAAAUAUCCCUUUCGGCACUAGAAACAAGAUAUACCUACACUCCAAAGAGAGCAGGGUUGUAUUCCUUUAUACUAAAUGUAAUAGACCGAGCCAGCAAUACACAAUGCGCACGCACCUUGGUGUUAUAUGACCCAAGUUCAAAUAUCACUCUAUCUAAAUUACCAUUUAUAGCAAGAAGCGCAGAACCUGAAACAAACUAUAAAUGGCAAAAUAACCUCAAUAAGGACAUUAUCGUGUCAUGGAAAGGACAUUUUCAGAACCAAUUCCACGAGAACAAUAAACUUUUAAAUCCAGUAGCACAGUAUAAAAAUGUCGAUUCUGUUACAAACAUUGAAAAGCACGUUCCAAACCAACUUGAUGAUAACUCGGGGAAAAGAACACUGAAAAAAAUCCGGAAUGUUUACGGUAUAGUGAAAUUUGAAUAUUUCUACAGACAUGGAGGUCAAGGGGAGAGAACCCCGCAAACCUGGUAUAAGGUGAAUGAUACAUUUUCUGAAACUCAGAUUUUUAAUAUUGAAAGAAAAGAUGGCGACACCUUCAACUUCUGGGUGAAGGCGACUGACAUCAUGGGGAAUACGAAAGUUGACUUGACGAAGAUUUCCUUUGAUUCCAGCCCACCAAAACGUUUAAACCCAUCAGACGUCAUAUUUACGAGGAACGUUAAAAAUGCUACUUACGUCUUCUCCAGUCUAAUACAGAUAGAUGUCUUUGACAGAGAAAGUGGAAUACAUAGAAUACACGUGGAACUAAGAUCUAGAAGCAAUGAAAUAUUCCAUGAAAUUGAUAUUCCAGGAAACAAAACAAAAGCUGAUCCUGGGUUGGAAACAGGAUACAAAACAUCUGUAGGAAGCUUCUUUUAUUACCGCCACAACCUGGACAUAAACAACUGCUGGUUUGUUGUGCCAGAGGAAAAAUUGGCAGAGGAGUUUGUCUUAUUAAAUCUGACUGUAUAUAACAUGGCAAUGAAACCUGCUUUUUACAGUACUAUAAUUACAGAUUUAUCCUCGCUUGACGGAAUGGAUGAAUAUCCUGGCCCAAAUAAUUUAACCAUUACUGCAACCUUUGACAAAAGUGUUCGUCUGAACUGGACGGUACCUUCAGCUUGUUACGAGAUGUCAACGGUUGUAGUAGAGUUCCGUUCACCCAAUGACCAAGUUCACGUCCGAUAUGUAGAUGCAUACUCCGACUGGUUUGACUUGACAGGACUGGAUCCCGAAACAAUUUACAACCUGUCCUUUGUUACAGAAUAUGGGCCACAGAAAAGUGACCCAGUGUUCCUACAAUUCCAAACCCUUGCUUCCACAAAUGCAGCUGUGGCUUAUACUAAAGUUAACGAGCUUCUGCAACUAUCACUUUUAUUCAUUAUUGCUAUUUUCUUAUAUAAUUGUUUUUGAUAGUGUUUACAAAAAUUGUACAAAAUUGCAAAUUAUAUCCUCAAGAAGUUAAAUAUAAAGCGAUGCUAUUUUAGUGUCAGUUUAAUAGAUGAUAUAAGAUAUAGAGAUAACGAGACGAUCCAUGAAUACAUUUUCCCAUGACUAAAGCAAUUAAAUUGUAAAUCUAUCAUUUUAAUUUUCUGUGAGUUUCAUAAAUACAAAUUCAUUUCUUCCUAAUUCCACAAAAAAUACUUUCAGUAAUCAACAUUCCUUAUGAUAAGUUACAAAUUGUAUACACAUGUUGCUGUAAACGCAUUACAUAUUUGAUAUAUGGAUGUUUAAUAUUCAUUUUCAUAGUGUCCCAUGAUUUAUCAAAAUGAUCCAAAAUAUUUGUAAUCGAUAUACUCUGCUUAAAAUAAAAAGAAUCAUGAGUGUUUAA